AUGUGGUCCAACUUCUUUGUACAGCAAGAAGAAGAGGGUCGUAUGGGGGUGGCAGGGGGCACUCAGGGCGGGGGUAUGGCUGGAAUGAAGGUUCAUAGAGGACAAAGGAGGAUAAACAAGAUGAGUGACAGCCAAGAGGGUAAGAUCAAGCUGGUCUUCUUCGUGGCGAUCAUCGGGGUGACCCUGACGGUGUUGGGCAUGGGCACAGAGUUCUGGGUGGAGCUGGCCCAGCCGAAAAAUUAUAGCGGCAACCAGACCUGCCAGAUGGCCCACUACGGCCUCUGGAAAGGCUGCAUCCGCACCCUGUGGGUGUCCGACAUAGAUCCUGAGAGGACGAGCUGCGGUCCUGCAGAACUACCUGGAGAAUCCAACUGCACCUACUUCAAGUUCUUCACGUCUGGAGAGAACGCGGUCAUAUUCAAGAAGACGACUAACAGGAAUUUGAAUCUGGCAGCAGCUAUCUUGGCACUUUUGAGCCUGACCAUGAUGGUGAUGGGCUCCAUCUGUAUCGCCAUGUCACUCAGCAAAGGAGUGCCCUUCUUUCUCAAACCAGCAUCCUUCUGCUUCAUUCUAUCAGGUUUUCUGGUUCUCCUGUCGGUGUUGGUUUUCCAUCAGUCUGUGCUGGCUUUGCUGUCCAGCGACCACUCCGUACCUCUUCACCAUGAGUUGUCCUGGUCUGUGGCGUGUGUCGGCUCAGCUGGAGCCAUCCUCAUUUUCGGAGGUGUCCUUUUCUUAAUCCUUGCUCUUCCUUUUAGUCCUUUGCAAAAAUGCUUUCCACACAAGGAUAGCACCACCUAGCCCUAAAAUAUCAAUUAGGCAAACAGUAUCUUUAAUAAUCUUUGAGAACACCAAAUUCCAACAGCUGUGACUUUAAGCUUGAGCUUGGUACAUAAUUUAAAGAAAAGAAACACUAGGUCUUAACAGAAUAUGAGAAGACGAAGGAGCAACACAUAACACACAGGAAGGCCUUUAGAGUUAGAUUUCAUGGUAACCUUUAUGUCAGUAAUGUCUAGUGAUGUAGAUGGAACAACUCUUUUAGAAUUUAAGUCAAAUCACAAAUAAACCAUAGGUCUCUGCAUGCAAAAGCUGUAAAACUGCAAAUAAAUCUUCUAUUUUUUAAUAAUAUGCUUUUCUGUUUGAUUUAUUUUAAAGUUUGUUAAUAUUUCUCUCUUGUGUUAUGAAUAAUUAACAUUUCAAGCUUGCAUCUAAAUGAUACAUUUUUGGGAUUAUGAAAAAACGAAACUUUUACCAGGUGACUUUAACCUGAACACUUACAUGUGUAAAAAUGCUAAAAUCAGUUGUGAUUUUUAGACAGGUUGUUCUAUUAAAAUUUUGAAAUGCAACAUAAACUGGCAGAAAGAGCAGUGGAAUGCCAUUGUGCGGCGCCCAGGGAGCAGUGUGAGGUUAAGGGUCUUGCUCAGGGACCCAGAGUGUCAGUCUGUGUGAGUGGGGCUUUGAACUCAGAUCCUCUAGAUUCUGAGUUCUACUCUAGAACCUCCAAUCCUUUAGUUGUUAAACCUUUGCCUCUCUACUUUUUGAAGGAUAUUUGCCCUUUUCAAACCUCAGAUAUCUGGUUUGGUCAUCUCUAAACUGUCAAUAUGCCCAGGUCUGGGUGUCCAUGCAAGUUUACUCUGAAAGUGAAUAACAAGGUCCAAGAAAUAGUCUAACCCCCUAAAAUAUGACAGAGGAAGCUCUGGUAGGCUCUUGCUACUGUUGGUUUUGAAGUGCAUGCUUCUGCAACCAGAAAGAAGGUGCUUAAAUUCAACUUUAAUGAAAGGUGUUCAAGGAAAAUGCCUUUUUUGUCACUGGACUGCAGCAGUUAAUUUGAUAUUGCUGCAGGGAAGCCUGUCUUUAAAAAAGAAAAUCUUUGUUCUGUUUUCCGGUAGCCCGGUAGUUGUAUUCUGCUCCACUGUUGAUGUUGUAGGGGGUGAAAAUGUAUUUUUGAUAGUCAUUAGUAUUUAUACAUCUCUGGCCUUGCAACCUGCAACUUCUUCAGCAAACAUCUCCUUGCAGAAUUUCACAUUUACUUAAUAAGGACUUCUUGGCAUCCCUUCAAGCAGUGAAUCUUAAUAAGAUAACUACACUUAUUUAUGUUCAUUUGUGUUAAAGCACUUACUCUAGCAAGAGAAGCAGCCAUGUUUUGCAACAUUACAUUUUGACAGUCUAAGGUUAUUUUGUGCAGGGCACACAACACUGGAUCUUAAACUUCUAUAUUAUUUAAUUGGUCCUAUCCUGACUUUACAAUAGCCUUAUAGCCAGAUGCACAGAGCUCAAACACUAUCAUGAGGGUUUUUAACCUCAGAAACAAAGAAAAAAACUUUAUGAAGCAGGAGAACCUCAAUUAAACAUUAUAUGAGCUGAAUCAUUAAUGGAUUUUACAAAAAUAAGGAACAAACAAUCAACUGUUGCUCAUUCACGCCUUUUCAGCUCCUCCUCGAUCAUAAUGGGCGUUCCAAAGUGCAGAAAUUGUUGAAGCCACUUAGUAUUUAAUUCGGAGGUAUGCUUUCUUUAGAUUUUACUCAAAUAUUGACACCAAGUUUUAUUUUCUCCUAAUCUCAUCUAUUUUGUUAAGUGCAUGAGUUGUAUCUAAAGCAAACACAACACAGCUGCCAUUUCAGCUGGGAUGUUACCCCACCUCUCCCAAAUGUAAUGACCAUCACUGUUGCUAAGCUAAUCAGAUUUAAUCUAAUCACACCACAGAACAAGUCUCACGAAAAGGUGAUCUUUGUCCCUGUUUGAUUGUGCAACGUGUAAUUGAGCUUUUUCUGAUGAUUCAAAUAAUGUCUUCUUCUAUGCUGAGUGGCCUUUAAGUACAUGUCAGUUCAGGACUGUUGUUUUUCAUGAAAAUCAGUUCUUCAUAUAGAAGACUGGCUUUGUUAGUGAAUUUGCAUAAUAAAAAUUAUUAAGUAGUUUCCUGUUAUUAGCCUUUGAUUUUAAACUGUCUAUCAUUACGUACUUUUAGCAUACAGUAUGCACAACUUUAUUUGCAACAUUGUUUACUAUAUUUUAUUCUGAGAAACAGUUAAUGUUAUUUUUUUUUAUUCUAGCAUAGCAUUUCUGUUCACUGUUGAUAUAUUUAAAGUAUCUGUUUUGGUCAUUA